GUUGGUUUCCUGGAAGAAAAUCAGAGAAAAACUGCGCCGGAUUGCGCCGCCACGGCGACCUCCGAGUCGCUCCCUGGGACGACGCCAGCCACCGGACCGCGCUCUCGAGCGAGAGGGAUCGACGGGUCCGCGCUGAACGCCGGCGCUGCCGCCACCGCCUUCGCGGCUACCUCCGCCGCGUCGACCAGCCCCCCGAAGAUGCCGGGCCCCGCGAGGACCUUCCGAGAGACUCCUGAGAGCUCCACCGCAUCCACGGCUUCCACGGAGACGGCGGCCCCCGCCAGGACCUUCGCGGAGACGCCCGACAGCUCCACGACCUCCCGGGAGACGGCGACCCACGCCAGGACCUUCGUGGAGACGCCCGACAGCUCCACGACCUCCCCGGAGACGGCGACCACCGCCAGGACCUUCGCGGAGACGCCCGACAGCUCCGCGGCCUUCCCGGAGACGCCGCCCCCCGCCAGGACGCCCCCAGAGACGGCCGAGAGUUCCACUACGUACAGGCCCGCCCCCUUUCAGGGGAGCAACUGGGCACUCAACCUUGCACAAACUGGGGCAAGGAUUGAGCAGUGUGGCACAUAUUUAGGAUCUUGGGAAGCAUAUCUGAGGGGCCGCAGUGAAUUCUUGUGCCAAUUAGCAGAUUUCGUGCCUGAGAGUCAGUCUCCGACAUUAGUUGCUUGGAUGGCUGGGGCUUGUGGUGGCUUGGGCAAGGCCUUGGGCCACAUCGCGAACAUGGUGAAAGGCGCAUCAGGUUUAUGCUUGCUGGUUGGAGGCGCCAUCCAGCGCAUCAUGGAGAGGCAAGAGCUGGGGAUGGGCGCUGGGCCGCAAGGAGAUGUAGAAAACCCAUCUUCUGUUCCAAGGCUAGUGGUUGUGAGCUCACUUGAAGAGCUGGAGGAAGUAUUGAGUGAAUGGAAGGCAGCGAUCACCGCGCUAUCUAUUGAUGUGAGUCCAGACAUGCCCUUCAGCACGGCGAACGAGUGCUUUGAGCGGCUUGAGUUGGAUGGCUUGCAAGCGCUGAAUAUGAUUCAAGCAGGCCAACAUAUGAAGCUAAAGCGUGCUGAGUACCUGCGUGCCCAGACGCAGCAGGAUGCUGGGGACAUGAGCCACAGCGGAGCACCAGUGGCCCCGGGGACAUGAGCCCCAGACCAGCACCGGUAGCAUGACUUGCGACGAAAUAGAUACAGUAUAGAAGAGAAGGUAGCACUUUUUAGAGCUAGUAGUAUGGAUGCUUUACAUAGGAGUACUGUGUGCGUUAAGUGGGUUUGCUAACUGUUUGACACCUACGAUGUGUGCUAUGAUCGUGCACACGGAUUUUGCUAUCUGUGCUCUUAAUCCUGCCGUCGACACAUAGAAAUAGUUUGGAAGGUAUGA